AUGAAAGUAUCCCAACUUCUUCAUCAAACACCACAAAGCACCUCCAGACCCAAAAUGUCCCCCAACGGCGAAGCUUACCUGAUCAACCCUUCCGCCCCCGAGGGACCUACACGGUUUCCCCAAGCGCGCCUCGCCCCAUCCUCCGCACACCGAACAAUGUACAUCUCCGGUACAGCCUGCUGCCGCCCUGAUGGGACAUGGCCGGGCGUGACGACGAACGAGGACGGAACUUACACUCUCGACAUCCGCCAGCAAACAGCCGCUGUCCUCCAGAAUAUCGACAACAUCAUCAAGGGCGCCACCAAGGGCAAGGGCGGCAUUCACAAUGUCAUCGAUUCGGUCGUGUAUGUGUUGGAUAUGAAGAGCGAGUACGCGGGCAUGAACGAGGAGUGGAAUAAGGUGUUUGCGACGAGGGAGUGUGCACCGGCAAGGGCGACGAUUGGAGUGAAGGAGUUGCCAGAUUCCAGGAUGGUUGUUGAGGUCAAGGCUGUGGCGGUUGUUGAUGUGUAG